AUGCCACGAGACAGCAGCGAAGAAGUGACCAGAGAGAACUGGAGCCGACGAUUCUCGAAAACGGUGUUCGCCAAUCUGGUACCGUUCCGUAAGACGAGUGACGAACGAAAAUCACCUACGGCUCAGGCGAAAUCACGUCGUCGUGCCAGUGCCGCUCCUGACGUACUGCUCGCCACUAGCGCUGCUCCUAGUCCAGAAAUCAGCGCUGUACACAAGCAACGACAAAGACGACGUAGUGCCGACCGGAUAUACGCACUCAAGAGCAAUCAGGUACACAUGAAUGCGUUUCUUUUUCUGAACCAUCAUUCGGCUACCAGGUGA